AUGUUGUCCCGUACUGUCAUCCGUUCCGCCAGGUCCCUUGCCGCUGUGCAGCUGGGCAGAACCGUGGCCAGAGUCGCGCGCCCGGCCGUGAUGAUCGCCGGCCGCAGAUUCGCCUCUGCCAAGGCGCAGCCGACCGAGGUGUCGUCGAUCCUGGAGGAGAGGAUCCGCGGCGUGUCCGAGGAGGCGAACCUGAACGAGACCGGCCGCGUGCUGUCUGUCGGAGACGGUAUCGCCCGUGUGUUCGGCCUGAACAACGUGCAGGCGGAGGAGCUGGUGGAGUUCUCGUCGGGCGUGAAAGGUAUGGCGCUGAACUUGGAGCCCGGCCAGGUGGGUAUUGUGUUGUUCGGCUCUGACCGUCUGGUCAAGGAGGGCGAGGUCGUGAAGCGGACCGGUAAGAUUGUGGACGUGCCAGUGGGCCCAGAGAUGCUAGGCCGUGUUGUGGACGCGCUAGGUAACCCAAUCGACGGCAAGGGCGCCAUCAAGGCCUCCGGCACCUCCCGUGCUCAGGUCAAGGCCCCAGGUAUCCUGCCAAGACGCUCUGUGCACGAGCCAGUGCAGACCGGUUUGAAGGCCGUGGACGCUCUUGUGCCUAUUGGGAGAGGCCAGAGAGAGUUGAUUAUUGGUGACAGACAGACCGGUAAGACCGCUGUGGCCUUGGACACCAUCCUGAACCAGAAGAGAUGGAACAGCUCCAACGACGAAUCCAAGAAGCUAUACUGUGUCUACGUUGCUGUUGGUCAGAAGAGAUCCACCGUCGCCCAGUUGGUGCAGACCUUGGAGCAGCACGAUGCCAUGAAGUACUCCGUCAUUGUUGCGGCCACCGCUUCCGAGGCCGCUCCAUUGCAGUACAUUGCUCCUUUCACUGCUGCUGCCAUCGGUGAGUGGUUCAGAGACAACGGCAAGCACGCAUUGAUUGUCUACGACGACUUGUCCAAGCAGGCCGUUGCCUACCGUCAGUUGUCUUUGCUGUUGAGACGUCCUCCAGGCCGUGAGGCUUACCCAGGUGACGUUUUCUACUUGCACUCUCGUCUAUUGGAGAGAGCCGCCAAGAUGUCCGAGAAGAACGGCGGUGGUUCCUUGACCGCUUUGCCUGUGAUUGAGACCCAGGGUGGUGAUGUCUCUGCGUACAUUCCAACCAACGUCAUUUCCAUCACUGACGGUCAGAUCUUCUUGGAGGCUGAGUUGUUCUACAAGGGUAUCAGACCAGCUAUCAACGUCGGUUUGUCUGUCUCCCGUGUCGGUUCCGCCGCCCAGGUCAAGGCCUUGAAGCAGGUCGCAGGUUCUUUGAAGCUGUUCUUGGCUCAGUACAGAGAAGUGGCUGCGUUCGCCCAGUUUGGUUCCGACCUGGACGCCUCCACCAAGCAAACCUUGGCUAGAGGUGAGAGAUUGACCCAACUAUUGACCCAGAGUCAGUACUCCCCAUUGGCCGCCGAGGAGCAAGUUCCUUUGAUCUACGCCGGUGUUAACGGUUACUUGGACAACAUCGAGCUAUCCAGAAUUGGCGAGUUCGAGAAGGAGUUCUUGGCCUACUUGAAGGCUAGCCACGAGGAGAUCGUUAGCGCUAUCAGAGAAAAGGGUGAAUUGUCCAAGGACUUGUUGGCUAAGUUGAAGUCUGCUACUGAGUCUUUCGUUGCUACCUUCUAA